AUGAGUCACUGGCGGCUGAUUGCAACUACCCUGAAACGGAACGGCAUUUGUUCUCUGACAAAGAAAAACGUAAACAGAAAAGCGUUUCUGCCAUGUCGGAAUUAUGUUUCACCUGGAGCCACAGAACCAUUCUUGAGUGGAAGUAAUUCAAGUUAUGUUGAGGAAAUGUAUUAUGCAUGGCUUGAAAAUCCAAAAAAUGUUCACAAGUCUUGGGAUUUAUUUUUCCGAAACACUACUGCUGGCACUGUUCCUGGGCAAGCCUUUCAGUCUCAGUUACCAGACUUUUCAGGUGGUAAAACGUCACUAAUCCAAAGCCACGGGCUGACUAAGUCUCUAGGUAAAGCCGAAAAACUGGUUGAAGAUCACUUGGCUGUGCAGUCAUUAAUUAGAGCAUAUCAAAUCCGUGGACAUCAUGUGGCUCAGUUGGACCCCUUGGGAAUCUUGGAUGCAGAUUUGGACUCAUUCGUUCCAUCGGAUUUAAUCACUACUAUUGAUAAACUGGGAUUUUAUGGUUUAUAUGAGUCUGACCUGGACAAAGUGUUCCAGUUGCCUACAACCACCUUUAUAGGAGGAAAUGAGUCUAUGCUUUCUUUACGAGAGAUCAUCAGGCGACUGGAGAUACUUCGGAGCCUGUUCCACAGAGUGGCAGUGGUGAAGGUAGAGGCUCUGGUUGAUGGCAGGUUUGAAGAUUUCCUUGCCCGGAAAUGGUCGUCAGAGAAGCGCUUUGGUUUGGAAGGAUGUGAAGUAAUGAUCCCUGCUCUAAAAACUAUCAUCGAUAAAUCUAGUGAAAUGGGAAUUGAGUAUGUCAUAAUGGGCAUGCCUCACAGAGGAAGAUUGAACGUCUUGGCCAAUGUUAUCCGCAAGGAACUGGAGCAAAUCUUUUGCCAGUUUGACCCAAAGCUUGAAGCAGCAGAUGAGGGAUCGGGAGAUGUAAAAUACCAUCUGGGGAUGUACCAUGAGAGGAUCAACCGGGCAACCAAUAAAAAGAUCACCCUUUCCUUGGUGGCCAACCCGUCUCAUUUAGAGGCAGUGGAUCCUGUUGUACAAGGGAAGACCAAGGCUGAGCAGUUUUAUCGAGGGGAUACUGAAGGGAAGAAGGUUAUGUCUAUACUUGUACACGGAGAUGCUGCCUUUGCUGGACAAGGAGUGGUUUAUGAAACCUUUCAUCUCAGUGACCUCCCGUCAUACACCACCAAUGGCACCAUUCAUGUUGUGGUUAACAAUCAGAUUGGUUUCACUACUGAUCCACGAAUGGCACGUUCGUCUCCAUAUCCGACAGACGUUGCCCGGGUGGUCAAUGCGCCUAUAUUCCACGUGAAUGCGGAUGACCCAGAAGCAGUGAUGUAUGUGUGCAACGUAGCUGCAGAGUGGAGAAACACUUUCAAUAAAGAUGUAGUUAUUGAUCUGGUCUGUUACCGAAGACGAGGCCACAAUGAAAUGGAUGAACCCAUGUUCACCCAGCCUUUGAUGUACAAGCAGAUUCAGAAGCAGGUGCCUGUGCUGAAAAAGUAUGCCGACAAGCUGAUUGCUGAUGGGACUGUAACACUGCAGGAGUUUGAGGAGGAGGUAGCAGACUAUGACAAGAUCUGUGAAGAAGCCUAUGCUAGGUCCAAAGAUAAUAAAAUUCUACAUAUUAAACACUGGCUUGAUUCACCUUGGCCAGGUUUUUUCAAUGUGGAUGGAGAACCAAAGAGUAUGACUUGUCCACCUACUGGCAUCUCUGAAGGCAUGCUGACGCACAUUGGAAAUGUAGCCAGCUCUGUUCCCCUGGAGGGCUUUAAAAUCCAUGGAGGGCUUUCUCGGAUUUUGAAAGGUCGACUGGAAAUGACAAAUAAUCGAGUUGUCGACUGGGCCUUGGGGGAGUACAUGGCUUUUGGGUCUUUAUUGAAAGAAGGUAUCCAUGUCCGGCUGAGCGGGCAGGAUGUGGAAAGAGGCACUUUCAGCCAUCGUCACCAUGUGCUCCAUGACCAAGAUGUGGACAAAAGGACCUGCGUACCCAUGAAUCACCUCUGGGAGCAGCAGGCCCCCUACACUGUGUGCAAUAGUUCACUUUCAGAAUAUGGAGUCUUAGGCUUCGAACUUGGCUUUGCCAUGGCAAGUCCCAACGCUCUUGUCUGCUGGGAAGCUCAGUUUGGCGACUUUCACAAUACAGCCCAGUGCAUAAUAGACCAGUUUAUCAGCUCAGGUCAAGCCAAGUGGGUCCGUCACAAUGGGAUAGUCCUACUCCUACCCCACGGAAUGGAAGGCAUGGGCCCAGAGCAUUCUUCAGCCAGGCCAGAGAGGUUCCUUCAGAUGAAUAACGAUGACUCUGAUGCUUUUCCACAAUUUGAUGGUGAUUUUGAGGUUUCCCAGCUCUAUGACUGCAAUUGGAUUGUGGUAAACUGUUCAACUCCAGCCAAUUACUUCCAUGUUCUCAGACGGCAGAUCUUGUUGCCAUUUAGAAAACCCCUAAUUAUCUUCACACCAAAGUCCUUGUUGAGACUUCCCGAAGCUAAAUCCAGCUUUGAUGAAAUGGUGUCAGGUACCAGCUUCAGACGUGUGAUUGCUGAAGAAGGGCCUGCAGCUGAAACCCCUGGAGAGGUGAAACGGGUGAUUUUCUGUACAGGGAAGGUAUACUAUGAUCUCAUUAAAGAGAGAAAGAACCAGGACUUGGAGAAGGAGGUGGCUAUAACCAGACUGGAACAGAUUUCUCCUUUUCCUUUUGAUCUGCUGAAAGUGGAAAUGGAAAAGUAUCCUCAAGCUGAUCUUGUCUGGUGUCAAGAAGAGCAUAAGAACAUGGGCUACUACGACUACGUCAAACCUCGUUUCCGCACCAUUGUAAAUCAUACUCGACCCAUAUGGUAUGUUGGUCGUGAACCGGCUGCUGCUCCGGCGACUGGUAACAAGAAUGCUCACCUAGUGUCACUUAGGAGAUUUUUGGACACCGCUUUCAACCUCGAAGCAUUCGAAGGAAAGAUGUUUUGA